ACGUCAGACGGUUGAGUUAACUCAAAUUUAAAUUGAUCUGCUUAUAAACAUUUUUGUAUAAAACAAAAUAAUUUUCAAUUAACCAUUGUUAUGAUUUUAUCACAGCAAUGAAAACGAAUGUUUUAAUUAUUUCUAGUGAUAGUGAGGACACUAUAAUAGAAUCUACUGAGGAAGUAUCAAAAAAGGAAAUUCCACAAACAUUCGAAGAGGAUGAUAAUUUUCGUCGACUGUACAAUAAAUAUUUGGGUGAAAAAAAAUCCAAAACAAGUGAAGAAACAUUAAACCAGAAAAGUCAACAGAAUUUGUAUGAAGUACAAUCAGUUAAUAAGUCCAAUAAACACAAUUAUGAAUUGCAAUCAAAACGUAUUAUGUCCGAGAAUUUGGACCAGAGCAAUUCUUGCUAUAACGAAUCUUUAUCAUGUCAUACCAAUAAAAAAAGGUUUAAACCUGCAUCAGAAGAUGAUGUGAUGUAUUCGUUGCUAAAUUCAAAAGACAAGGCCUCUAAAAUGAGUGUGGAUAAAAAAACUAAGGAGCAAGAGAAACUAGAAAAGGUAACAUUGCAACAAGAAAAAUUAAAAUUGAGGCAGCAAAAAAAGGAAGAAGAACAAAGAAAUAAAGCAAUAAAAGAAGCCCUUGCAAAUCAUUAUAAAAACAUUAAGCCAGAAAACUGCAUUAAGUUCAUAAAAGUACAAAUUGAUGAAACAUUAGCUAAUGAGGACUUUGCUAAGAAUAUAAUUGGUGAGCUUCAACAAAAUGGAAUUUCUUAUAUGACCACAUCUCAAGAUAUAUCUUCAAUAAUCACAUGGAAAACACAGUUGGAUAGCCACAUCCUCGAUAUUGACGGACAGUUGAUAGAUACUUCCAAUGGUACACAAAUUGAUGAAGUACUACUUAUUCUAAAGUGGAACGAUCUUUUAAUACAUAUACAUAAUGAGACUUUCCUUUCCUAUGUGAAAAAUAUUACUGUAAAUUUGAAGGGAAGAAAAAUUAUUCUGGCCAUUUAUGGAUUAGGAAAAUAUUAUCAAUAUCAGAAGCGGAAUAAAAAUCGUGAAUUUAAAGAAGACAUAUCUGGCAAAGCAUCGAACAACAGGGAUCAAAGAAUAUACGGAAAUGUUCCGACCGUUUCAAGAAGAGCAGUUGAGUAUGCUCUUACAGAAAUUCAAUUGUUAUACUCAAUUUCUCAUAGAAUGUUUGAGACAGAACAAGAUAUAGCUUUGUUCGUUUUCCAAUUAACUAAAUCGAUUGCGCAAAUGCCCUACAAGAAGAGGAAACAAGAAGAAUUUAUCCAAUCUAGAUGGUUUCUAUCUGAAGAUAAUAAAAAUUGUAUAAGAGUUGAUAAAAAUGGAAAUGGAUUAUUAAGACUUUGGAAACAGAUUAUAACAAUUUUUCCAUUGGCAUCACUUGAGACAGCAGAAGCUAUAUCAGCCGUUUAUCCAACUCCAUUAAGCCUUUUCCAGGCUUACGAAAACACAAGUACAGCUGAAGGUGAAAAAUUACUACAAGAUAUUUCCAUAAGAAGAGCUGCAGGUCCUGUAAGCACUAUGAGAAAAAUAGGACCUGAGUUGAGUAAGAAAAUGUACUAUUUUUUCACUUCUAUUGAUCCAGAUCAACUGCUAUGAUAAUGCAUAUACAUUAUUUUGUUAGUCAAGGGAAAUUGAUAAACAAAGAAAUGUUUAACAAAUAAUUUUGUAUGUUUCUACUGACUUUCAACCAAAAGGCAACCAAUACUCCUAUUAUAUCCUGUAUAUAUGUAUAAAAAUACUAAUUAUAGAGUUAAUUGAGCUCCAGGUAUUUUCUCAGGUUACCGCAUAAUAUGUUACAAAUCUCCCAUUUGGUUAUGCUCCUGAUAUUUAUAUAAAAACAUAUUUAUGAAAAUAAAAUUUAUUUCAUCA